AUGAAUUAAAUAUAAAUUUAAAAACCAUAAAAUAAUUUAGUAAAUAAGGCAAGUUUUCAUUCUUUUAAUAAUGAUGAAGAAAAAUAAAAUAAAUAAUCUCCUAUUUUACUUUAAAAAUUUGAAUCUGCUUCACUUUAAUCUUAUAAUUCUAAAAAAAAUAGAAAAAAAAAGCACUCAUAGUAACAUAAUCAUGAUGAUAACUAUGACUAUCUUAAAAUACCUCCAAAUUGGGAUUUAGCUAAAUUACAUGCUAAAUCUAGAGAAACAAAACCUGAAAUUGGCGAUGAAAACUAAAUUCAAGAUAUUUGUUAAUGUUGUGGUUAUGAAAUAAAUCGAAAACCAAUAAACCUUUGGGUAAAUUUAAUAGAUAUAGGCUUUUUAGGACCAGGAUUUCCUUUAUUUUAUAAUUAUUUAAAGAACUGUGUAGUUAUGUUGACCUUUUUAUUCUUAAUAUAAGGAAUUCCAAAUAUAAUAAUACAUAGCUAGGGUACUUUUUGUCAUUCAUCUUCUUUAAAAGCCUUUAAGCAUUCAGAACAAUAAAAAGAACAUCCGAAAAAGAAAUUUAUAGAAUAUUGUGUUGAAAAUAGUGUGGUGAAAUAUUCUUUAGCUAAUAUAAUAAAUUAGUAAGGUCAUGAAAGCUUUGCAAUAUGGUCUUUAUUGGCUAUGAUUGUGUAACUUAUAUUAACUGUUUAUUUCCGAAAAUAACAAAAAGAUAUGGAUAAUGUUGUCGAUGAAGAAAAUGUUACUCCGGCAGAUUAUUCAGUUUUUGUGGCAAAUAUCCCUAAAGAUCUCCCUAAUACAAAGAAGGAAAUAUAGAAAAUUUUCGAAGAAGAAUCAGUAUAGGGAAAAAAAGUUUAGGUUACUAAAGUAGUUUUAGUUUAUGAUAUUAAGGAAAUUUUAUUACUCGAAGAAGAAAUAGAUGAAAAGAUUAAAGAUAAAUAAAAUAUUUUGAAUGAUAAUUUUGAUCUGAAAAACCCUAAAGUGCUUGAAAUUGAUGUUGAAAUACAUUAUUUGCACUCUUAAUUACAUAAUUUAUAACAUAAUAUAGAAAAUGAUUCAAAUAAAUUUACUGGAUAGGCUAUUAUUUGUUUUUAAACUGAAUAAUUUAAUUAUUUCAAAGGAGGUGCUUCGGAAAAAUACUAAGAUUCUUUAUAUGUAAAAGAUCGUCAUUUAUAUAUAUAAUAAGCCCCAGAACCUGCUGAAAUAGACUGGGAAUAUAUUCAUUCAACUACAAAAGAGAAAAUAAUAGCUAGAACAAUUGCUAAUUUAGCUACUUUACUUUUAACAAUUUUUACUUUUAGUGUUAUUGCUUUAUUGUCGUAUCUAUAAUCUUUAAUGAUAGAUCAUGCUUAUGAGAAAUUAUUUGAACAACAACUACAUAAUAAGGAUAAGAAAAUCGUUGAUAGGGAAAAAUGGUCUACUAAAACAAGCUUGAAUAUAUCUUUUGCAAUUAAACUUACUCUUUCAUUAUUUACUAAUACUGCACUGAUUACUUUUUUUGUAGAAAUUAUCUUUUUCAAGAAUUAUUAUGGAAUUGGAGGAGGAAUGAUUCUAGGAGAAUAUCUUGUAUUUAUUAAUAAUGCAAUUAUUCCAGGUUUGGCAUGGAUUAUUGACCCUUGGAGUAUAGCUAAAAAUUAUUAAAGAAAUAAAGAAUUAGCUAAAGGUGAUAAAUCUACUCUUACUUAAAAAUAAGCUAAUAUACUUAUGGAACAUCCAGAUUAUGCUAUGGGAAAAAGAUAUGCUGAUGUAAUGAAAACUAUGUGGUUUACCUUCUUUUAUUCACCUGCUAUUCCUAUGGCAACUUUAUGGUCUAUUUUAGGAAUUAUUAUUUAUUAUUUUGCGGAUAAAUAUAAUCUUAUUUAUAGAAGAACUGUUAAAGAAAAUAUUGGAAAGGGACUAACAUUUGAAAUGAUUGAAAUGAUUGAAUACUGCAUUCUAUUACAUUGUGUAUUUUAAAAUAUAUUAUUUAAAUUAAUUAUAUCUUUUAUUUUUAUAUAAUUUUUUAAAAAAAGUUUGGAAAUUUUUUUUUUAAAUAUUAAUUAUUUUAAUACUUUGACAUUCAUAAUAUCAUUAUGUUUAUUGUUGCUUUAAUUGUUUUAAUGUUACCUAUGCAAGAUUUUAAUGAUUUCAUAUUUAAAAAUCAAGGUGAAUAGGAAAUUAAUAAUUAUGAUGAUGUUUAAAUGUUUUUUGAUACGGACUAUGAUAGAGAAAAUCCUGUUACAAAAUAAAAAGCCUUAAAAAAAGUAUUAACAUAAAGAAGUAUUAAUAUAUAUAAAAAUAUAUAUAAAUAUAUAUAUAAUUAUAUAUAUAUAUAUAUUAUAUUUAUAUUUAUAUAUUUAUUUACUUAUUUAAAUUUUUAAUAUUAGCUACUACUAAAUUAGAAUUUGA